AUGUUAAAUGGUGCAGAAAGCAUUGUGUUAAUGAUGGCUGUCUUUUUUGUGCCUUUUUUGUUAAUUGGACAUGAAGCAGGCCAAGGAGGCAUUCGAUCUCUUUACCGGGGCCAGACACCAGACCUGAAAGUUCAAAUAGAAAAACAAGCCAGCAAAGAACCCAGCCUCCAGUCCCAUGAACAAGACAUGGAGAUCGGGUAUGAGGAAGAUAAACCUUCAUCACUAACUUUUGAGGGCCUGGAGCAGAAAUUCCAGGAUGAGAUUUUGAAACUGAUAAAAGAACAUGGUGAUGAAGAGGAUGCAGAAAAUACUAGGCACAGGGAGAAAAUAGUGGAGAUAAGCAACCAAUACCAGGAGAAACUAUCAUCACUUCGAACCCUACAAGCCAAUAGAAGAGAAGAGUUUCUUCGCAAGGAAUCACAGGCACGACUUCAUCAAUAUCAGCAAGCUGGAAUAAGCCAUCACCUUGUCAUAGCAAGUUCAGUUGAUCCCCAUGGUUACAGCGGGUCUGCAGCCACAGAAGCACAUCAAGCUUAUGCCACAGGUCAGUAUGAAUCCUAUAGAGAUCGAACUUCAUCUCUUGGGGGUGGGAGGAGCCAAGGAACUGAGGGAAGGGUUCCAUAUCCGCAGGGCCGUGUGUACAACAACAAUGCUGGUGCUCGGUAUUACUAAUGGCCAUCUUUCGACCCACGUUCACCAAUGGCAUUUGCAUGAAUCCAUCACUAAAUUGGUCAGUCUAGUUAGAUGAUUUCAUUUAUAUUUUUGGUCUUUCAAAUGUUCCUUCUCCUGUGUGGAAUACAAUGUAAAAUAUCUCCUCUUAGUUUACUUGACUAACUUUGAUGAAACCUGGAUAUAUGCUUUUAGAUACGGUUUUAAAUUACCAUGACGCCCUCAGUGUGCCCUUGCUGUACCAGUGGCAUGUAAAAUUGCUCACAGUAACACAUUGACGUGAUCCUUUUUUACGAUAAGAAAUUGACAUGAUCAUACAUAUGGGCAAUAUGGAGCAGAUGCCAUGUUAC